AUGGGGCCGAAAUUUCCCAUGAGUCAGUUGAAGACACCCAAUUAUUAUGUGAUUUCUUGCCACCGAAAGUAUUCCACAAGAAUCCUCUGUCACCAAAAGUUUUCAUUCAAGUCUUUGGGAGAUAAAUGGAACCUCAAUGACCUAACUGCUAGUUCUAUCCAAGAAAGAUUGAAUGUUUUGAUGUCGAGGACCCAAAACUUUUUGAAUGAAGUGACUUCUCCGCUUGCAAAAUCUGGCCAAACUAAAAAGCCUGAUCCUGAGAAUGAUGUCGGAUUUCAAGUUAUGGAAGAUAUAUUUAUGGUAGAACAAACAAUUGAACGCAGAACACCAUAUGGGACUCUUUCUCUUGCUGCUGUUAUAUGCAUUGAGCAAUUCAGCAGGAUGAAUGGAUUGACCGGGAACAAAAUGAAGAAUAUUUUUCAAACACUUGUUCCAGAGACUCUAUAUACGGAUGCCCGUAAUUUUGUUGAGUACUGCUGCUUUAGAUUCUUGUCAAGGGACACUUCUGAUAUUCAUCCUUCCCUCCAGGAUCCUGCUUUCCAGAGGUUGAUAUUCAUAACCAUGCUUGCCUGGCAAAAUCCUUACACUAAUUUCCUUUCCAGCAAUGCAGAGAAGGCUUCUCUACAGAGUAAACUUGUCACCGAGGAGGCUUUUGUCCGAAUUGCUCCUGCAGUCUCUGGUGUGGUUGACCGUCCCACAGUGCACCAUCUUUUUAAGGCUCUUUCUGGCGAUCAAGAGGGCAUUUCCAUGAGUGCGUGGCUAGCUUACAUUAAUGAGUAUCUCAAAGUACGUCGAGAAAAUAGGUCAUAUCAGAUUCCAGAGUUUCCCCAAAUUGACGAUGAAAAAAUCUUAUGCAUUGGUGCCAACAAUAAGCAGCCUGUUCUGAAAUGGGAGAAUAAUAUGGCUUGGCCUGGCAAACUCACUCUUACCGAUAAAGCAAUCUAUUUUGAGGCAGUUGGCUUAUUGGGAAAUAAGAGAGCAAUGAGAUUGGAUCUUACAUAUGAUGGGUUAAAGGUAGAGAAAGCAAAAGUUGGGCCCUUAGGGUCUUCACUUUUUGACUCGGCUGUUUCUAUUUCUUCUAGCUCAGAGCCGAAUUGGUGGGCAUUGGAAUUCAUUGACUUGGGAGGUGAGAUGAGGAGGGAUAUUUGGAAUGCAUUGAUUAGCGAAGUCAUUGCUUUACACAAGUUCAUUCAUGAGCAUGGUCCCGAAGAUUCUGAUGAGUCAUUGUUUAAUGUUUACGGGGCUCGCAAAGGAAAGCAAAGAGCAACAGCCAGUGCCAUUAAUGGUAUGGCAAGACUCCAGGCCCUUCAACAUUUGCGAAAGUUUCCCGAUGAUCCUAUCAAGCUCGUGCAGUUCUCAUAUUUACAAAAUGCACCACAUGGUGAUAUUGUUCUCCAAACCUUAGCUGUUAAUUACUGGGGAGGUCAACUAGUUACAGGAUUCAUAAACACACGCAGUCAGCCAGAAAAUCGACUUUCUAAUGAAACAACUGAGAAUUGUAACCAUGCUUUCGACAUCGACGGAAGUGUCUACUUGCAGAAGUGGAUGAAAUCUCAAUCUUGGGCGUCUAGUACUUCUACUACUUUUUGGAAGAACACUUCAACAAAAGGUUUGGUAUUAAGUAAGAAUCUUGUUGUAGCUGACCUGUCGCUCACUGAAAGAGCAGCAAAAACAAGCAAACAAAAGUAUCAGGUUGUGGAGAAAACUCAAGCCACCAUUAAUGCUGCAACUCUGAAAGGCAUACCCAGCAACAUUGAUCUUUUCAAGGAACUAAUAUUUCCUAUCACCUUAACUGUCAAAAACUUUGAAAAGCUAAGACGCUGGGAGGAGCCACACCUGACUGUCGGGUUUCUUGGAAUUACCUAUACAAUGAUUUUUAGAAACUUGCUGUCGUAUAUGCUUCCAACGAUGUUAAUGAUCACGGCAGUUGGAAUGCUGACAAUCAGGGGCCUUAAGGAGCAAGGCCGUCUUGGACGAUUUUUCGGUGGAGUCACAAUACGUGAUCAGCCACCGUCAAAUACUAUUCAAAAGAUCAUUGCUGUAAAAGACGCCAUGCGCGAUGUUGAGAAUAUUACGCAGAAAGUGAAUGUCUCGCUUCUCAAAAUACGUUCAAUUUUACUUUCUGGCAAUCCACAGAUAACUACAGAGGUUGCUGUGCUUAUGUUAACUUGGUCAGCCAUUCUCUUCAUUGUCCCAUUCAAGUACAUUCUUUCCUUUCUUCUCUUCGAUGCAUUCACGCGGGAGCUCGAGUUUCGGAAAGAGAUGGUUAAGAGAUUCAUGAAACUUUUAAGAGAGCGUUGGCACGCGGUUCCUGCUGCUCCAGUAGCAGUUUUACCAUUUGAAAAUGAAGAAUCUAAACCAGAAAUUUCCUUAAAGGUAAUCGAGAACAAAUUAAAGUCACAAGGAAACCAAAGCAGUGGCAAGUCCAAAUAG